UUUUGUGGUCGUUAAAUAGAGAUGUUGUGGUGUGGUUUUGCUCCACAGAGAUACUUGAGUUAUCAGAAAUAAUGAGUAGUGGAAAAUGGAACUGUGCAUGGUGGAUUUCAUCGGAAGACCUUCAAACGAUAAAGAUAGCGAUAUUGAUUGUGCCUCUGUUCGUGCUUACAGCGAUUGCCACUGCGAAGACUUCACACAUUUGCAGAUGGAGUUUGGUUGUAAAUUGUUAUCAAAGAGAUACCGGAGCUGAUGUUCCAUCUCCUCCCACCUUUAAUGAAACAGGAGGUUUCAAUGUAUCCAAACCUUCGUUCAAUGAACCUUAUGUGGACGAAACUAGUGAACCUCACCUACUACUGGAGAAAACCAGAAAGUCAAACAUCUUAGAAAAAACUGAAAUUGGUUUAGCACAAGUUCGAGCUGCAAUCAGAGAAGCCAGAAAUGGAAAUAGAACACAAGAUUCAGAUUAUGUUCCCUUAGGUCCAGUCUAUCUGAAUGCCAAGACAUUUCACAGGAGCUACUUAGAAAUGGAGAAACAGUUCAAAGUAUUUGUGUAUGGAGAAGGGGAGCCUCGAAUUUUCCUCAAUCCACCAUGCAAAAGCAUAUACUCCAUGGAGGGUAACUUCAUGCAUGCAAUUGAAAGGAAUGACCAUUUUCGAACUAAAGAUCCAGAGAAAGCACAUGUGUUUUUCCUCCCUUUUACUGUAGUAACGGGGCUUCGAUAUGGCUACGAAAGAGUCUCACAAGACUCUAGUCCCCAAACAAACACUGUGACAGAUUAUGUCAAUGUCAUUGCUGCAAGAUAUCCUUAUUGGAAUCGAAGUCUUGGAGCAGAUCACUUCACCCUUGCUUGCCAUGACAUGUGCCGAGGGACAUCAUUAUCCUUAUCUGAUCCGCUCAAGAACUCUAUUAGAGUACUUUGUAAUGCCAACACAGCUGAAGGAUUUAAGCCUGCAAAAGAUGUUUCAUUUCCUGAAAUUAAUCUCAAAACUGGUUCAACAAACAGUUUCGUUGGUGGGCCAUCUGCAUCUAAACGUUCAGUUUUGGCUUUCUUUGCUGGGGGAGUUCAGGGCCCCAUCAUUCCAGAUCUUCUUAAGCAUUGGGAAAACAAGGAUGAAGGUAUUCAGGUUCAAAAGUAUCUCCAAGAGGGUAUUUCUUACCAUGAGAUGAUGAGGAAGAGCAAGUUUUGCCUUUGUCCAAGUGGGUCUGAGGUGGCUAGCGCUAGAGUGGUGGAGGCAAUUUACAGUGGGUGUGUUCCUGUGCUGAUUUCGGAGCACUAUGUCCCUCCUUUCAGUGAUGUUUUGAAUUGGAAGUCAUUUUCAGUUCAGGUUUCGGUGAAGGACAUUCCUAACUUGAAGGAGAUCUUGAAGAGUAUUUCUCCAGGACAAUACAUGAGAAUGCAUGGAAGAGUGAAACAAAUUAGAAGACACUUUGAAGUACAUUCUCCUCCUAAGCGAUUUGAUGUGUUUCACAUGAUUCUUCAUUCUCUGUGGCUUAAGAGACUCAACUUCAAAAUUUUCAAUGAUCAAAAUGUCUUAAGUCAGUAACUUGGUUAUGUUUGAUGAAUCACUCAAUACAGAUUCACUCUAGCAAUAAUAAUGUAUUGGGUUAGUCUUGUUUGUUCCUAUCAUGUUUGUUUUUGUCAUGUUUGUUCCUAUCAUGUUUGUUUUUGUGAUGUUUAAUAAGAAGAGUAAAUCAUGAACCUUUCCAAGAA